AUGGGCUGUAUAACUACCAAAUAGGAAAAGACUAAAUAACUGUAGCUUACUUAACAUUAGAACGAUAAAAUUAAUGAGAAUGGUAAUCAUGACAUAAAGUAGAAUAACUAAGAUAAUUUGACAAAAUUAACUGCAGACAAUAAAAACGAGAAUAAGUCAGUAUAGCAUAAUGAUGUUCAAUAAAUUGCGCACAAUGGAGAAUAAAACUUCUAACAAAAAUAAGAUUAGCAAAAUUAGGGAUAGUAAAAUAAAAUAAAUCAGGAAAAUUAAGUGGUUUCUAACAACACCACAGAAGUGAUAAAAGUAAAUAGUUAAAGCGAUACAAAAAAGAAGUAUGAAGAGAAUUAACAUGCUCAAUUGAAGACAACUAAUUAACUUAAUUAGAUGAGUGGAUAGAAAAAUUAAAAUACUGAUAAAACUAAAAAUUAAAACUAAAAUCAAAUGAUAGAUCAUGAAGAGUGUAAUAUAGAUGACAUAGAUGAAGGAGUACAAGUUAAAACCAUUAACUAAGCAUAAGUAUCUAGAAAUAUCCACCUUAAUUUGAAUAAAGAAAAUCAAAUGCAUCACAGCAAGCAAAAUAAAAAUGUAGAAAAAAAAGGGCAAAAAUUAAAUUCAGAUCAAAAAUAAAAAGUGUUGGAUAAUCCAUAACCUGAAAAUAAUAAUUAAUAGUAAUAAUAGUAAUAAGAUGCAGAUAAAAAUUAAAAUUAGAAUCCAUAUUCAACUUAAUCAGCUGCUUUCUCUUAGCAGUAGCAACUUGUUUCUGGUGCUCCUAAAUUGCUUCAACAAUAAGAUUUCCCUUAACAAAUAAAGAAGUUGGAUGAUGAGUAGGCUUAAAAAGCACUCGAACAAUAUGAGAAAUUGAUGUAAAAUUAACAAUAAAAAUCUGUUAAACCAUAAUACUAAUCAUAAGUUGACGAAAACUCAUUGAAUGCUAAUUUAAAAUAAGCUAUUUCUAAUUUAGAUUGGUAACAGGCUUUAUUUAUUAAUACUUCUUUACUAAAAAUAUACACGGAGAGAUAGCAAAAUAAAUCUAAUGCUGCAUAGGAAAAUUUGAUUAAGGGAACUUUAUAAAAGCAAAUUGACCUUUUAUGGAGGAAUGGUUUAUUCGAAAAAUCAUAUUUUUAUGCUUCAAAUUAUCUAGGAGAGGAUACCGAAGCUUUGUAUACCGCUGCAAACUACUUGUUUAUGAUAGGAAAAUAUUAAGAAGCUUUUGAAAAGAUUAGUAUAUGUAUAAGUAAUACUAUAUCUUAUAAUCUUUAAAUAAAGCCAGAAUAUAUAAUUUGUGCUGGCAACUGUUUACUUGAAAUAGAUUAAAUUAAACUAUUUUAACAAUUUUUAGAUUAACUUCCUAUAAAAACCUGUUAAUCUCUCAAUACAAGUGAAAACCUAAAUGUUAUUGCAGAGUAGUAUAUUAGAAUAAAAAAAUUUGAUACAGCAAAAGAUAUAUUAAAUAAAAUAUUAAGCAACCAAAAAGAAAACAUAAAUGCCUUAAUAAAUUUAGGUAUACUCGUAGGCUUUGAUGACCCAAAGAAGUCAAAAUAAUACUAUUAAAAGGCUUUAGAAAUAGCUUAAAGUAAAAACGAUAAAAAUCAAAACGACACAAACAUUCAGUUUUUAAAGAAUAUGAUUAAUUCAUGUUGA